UAUCAAGGAAAACACCGGCUUUCUUUAUAUAGAUACCGACCCGAAGAAGUUUGUGUGGUCAGUAAAUCUUCUCUCUCGCCUUAUAUAAUCAUAAUAAACAUAGAAAGAAAUCCCAUUUCUUCUCUAUCGUUCUUCUGUCUACUUGCUUUGAUUCUCAAUCGUUCUCUCAGCUCACAGAAGUUUGAUUAAUUUCAAAGAAUUGCUCGUUGCUUUCACUUUCUACUUCCAGAAUCUCUCUUUCAUGUCUGAAUUCGACAACGCUAUUCCAACUGCUUUCGAUCCCUUCGCUGAGGCAAAUGCUGAGGACUCUGGUGCUGGGACAAAAGAUUAUGUUCAUGUGCGCGUACAACAGCGAAAUGGGAGGAAAAGCCUGACUACUGUUCAAGGGUUGAAGAAGGAAUAUAGCUACAACAAGAUACUUAAGGACCUCAAGAAAGAGUUCUGCUGCAAUGGAACUGUUGUCCAGGACCCUGAGUUAGGCCAGGUCAUUCAACUUCAGGGUGAUCAAAGGAAGAACGUUUCAACCUUCCUUGUGCAGGCUGGCAUUGUGAAGAAGGAAAAUAUCAAGAUUCAUGGUUUCUAAGAAGUAGCAAGCUAAUUGCUAGGAUACAUAGUUUACACGUCUCGCAUGGUAGAGCUUGUGUCCUCCUCAACUUUAUUUCAGGAUAUUCUGUUUUCUGCAUUUUAAAAGUGGAUUCGCUUCUUUGUGUGUGAUGUGGAUUUAGUGUGUACAACCACCGGAUCUUUCACCGGAAUAAAGGUUGCUCGCUGUGUGGAUUUAACAUGUAUGACCACUGGAUCCCUUAUCAGAAUAAAGGUUGCUGGCGUUCUAUA